AAGGAGCGUCACACGGGUGCUUGCCUCCAUUUAUUUUCCACCGCCGAUAUAUAUUCUCCUGAUUUCACCACCCGAGUGUUAGCAUUGGAUCAUCUAUCAGCAAAUUCUAGUAGCUCAAACUAUGAACGAAUCAACCAUCUCGGGGGAUCUCCCUACGACCGAGCUUGCUCGCUGGCGUCUCAAAACCGAGGAUGGUCGUCAAACAUGGCAUUACCUUAAGACUGACGAGGAAGUUGCCGCAUGGCCUCAGUCCGCGGCCGAUAAAUACCAUCUCGGUCUCCCAACUGUGUGGCUCAUGCUCUUUCUCCCCCUUUUUCAUCAUUGGUAGCUGAUGUGUGUGUAGGGCCUCCCUACCCUACCAACUCCAGGUACACCCUUGGAUGCUGCACGAAAUGGCCUGUCCUUUUUCUCCCAGCUUCAACUUUCGGAGGGGCAAUGGGCGUCUGAGUACGGUGGCCCAAUGUUUCUUCUACCGGCCACUAUGAUUGCCUACUUUGUUACGAAUAGCGAGAUCCCGGGGGAAUGGAGGAUCGAGAUACAGCGCUAUCUUGCUGCUCGGGCAAACCCCGAGGAUGGGGGUUGGGGAUUGCACAUUGAGGGUGAAUCAACUGUUUUUGGUACCGCUCUCAACUACGCCGUUCUUCGUAUCGUUGGUAUGUCGCCGGAUCACCCCGUUUGUGUCAAGGCGCGGAAGACCCUUCACGCUCUAGGAGGAGCCCUGCAAACUCCACUGUGGGGGAAGGUCCUGUUAUCGUUGAUGGGAUGCUACAAGUGGGAGGGUGUGAACCCGAUCCCGCCGGAGAUGUGGCUACUACCGGAUUGGGUGCCGUUUCAUCCUGGGAGAUGGUGGGUACAUUGUCGCCAAGUCUUCUUGCCCAUGUCCUACCUCUACUCGUUGAAGAAGGCUCGGCCCGUUGAUGAUGUUACAAUCGCCCUCCGGAAGGAACUUUAUGUUGAAUCUUAUGAUUCGAUUGACUUCUCCCUGCACAGGAACACGGUUGCACCGGGGGACAUCUACCAUCCGCAUACCAAGGUCUUGGAUGCAAUGAAUUGGAUCUUGACUGUAUGGGGUAAAUGGAUUUGCCCCGACAAACUGCAGGAGAUUGCUCGCGAUCACGUCUACAGACUCAUUAAGCUCGAGGACGAGAAUUCCGACUAUUGCUGCGUCGGGCCUGUGAACAACCCCAUGAACCUGGUUGCACGUUACUUUACGGAAGGCGAGAGUCAUGCUGUGAAUAUGCACCGGGAGACAAUCAAGGACUUUUUAUGGAUGAAGAACGAGGGGAUGCUGGCCAAUGGCACUGAUGGUGUACAAUGCUGGGAUACAAGCUUUCUCAUUCAGGGUGUUGUCGAAUGCGGGUUCGGUGGAGAUCCCCGGUAUAGGGAUAUGCUUAUUAAAGCAUUGCAGUUUCUGGAUACCCAGCAAAUCAGGGAGGAGCCAAAGGAGAAGGAUUUCAGUUAUCGCCAGCAACGUAAGGGCGCCUGGCCAUUCAGCAAGAGGAAGCAGGGAUAUACCGUCUCUGAUACCACUGCCGAGGGGCUUAAAUCAGUCCUUCUACUCCAAAGCGUCCCGUAUAGUUUUCCCACCUUUAAAUCCGGAAAAACAGAAGCUAACAAUGAUAACCAUUAGUGGCAUGCCAAAGUUGGUCUCUGACGAGCGACUUCAAGAUAGCGCCAAUGUUCUUCUCAGUAUGCAGAAUGCGAAUGGUGCGUUCGCUAGCUACGAGCUUAUUCGUGCUGGCCCAUGGAUGGAGGCUCUCAAUGCCGCCGAGGUAUUUGGCCGUAUAAUGGUGGAAUAUCCGUAUCCUGAAUGCUCAACUGCAGCCAUUAUGGGUCUUCAACAGUUCCUCAAGACCUAUCCCAAUCAUCCACGAAGGACGAAGGUUGAGAAUGUUGUUAGACGCACCGUCCAAUAUAUCAAGGAGGCCCAGGAACCGGAUGGAAGUUGGUACGGGAACUGGGGUAUUUGUUUCACCUAUGCUACCAUGUUUGCCACCGAAGCCUUGAAGAGCGUAGGUGAGACCUGCGAUAAUAGUUCGGCUUUGAGGAAAGCGGUUGAGUUCUUGUUGAGCAAGCAACGGGAUGACGGGGGAUGGGGCGAGAGCUACAAGAGCUGUGAGACCGGUAUUUAUACCGAACAUGAGGAGACCCAGGUCGUAAAUACUGCUUGGGCGGUCAUUGCUUUGAUGAACGCCGGAUAUAAGGAGCGUGGGCCAAUUGAACGGGGAAUCAAGGUAAGCACACUGCUCUGCUGAGUUUUAUCCGGUAGACUCUAAUUUUUAUAGUUGAUCAUGCGGCGCCAACAGCCGAAUGGCGAAUGGCUGCAGGAGGGGAUUGAGGGUGUUUUUAACAAGAGCUGGUUAGUUCAUCCUCAGUAUUUUUCUUGGGUUGCUCUAGGCUAACCGUUAUAGCAUGAUUUCGUACCCGAACUAUAAGUUUACGUUCACUAUCAAGGCGCUCGGAAUUUAUGCUAGGAUCUUUGGCAAUGAGGUUUGCUAGGCAAGCAGCUGCGGGAUGCGGGGAAGGUAGCCUUGGGGAACAGUUGGAUGCAAUGGUCUGGUGGUAUUGGAGGGCUACAUCCCAGAGCUCGUACGCUUUGUGUGGACUAGCUAUUUUACGAAGCUUUAAUACGAAGGGUGAAUUUCUCUUUUAUUUUUAUCGGACCCGAUCCUUUGGGUUGGCUCAGUGUGGCUCCAGUGCUGGGGUAGGUUCAAGGUGUUUUCCUGUUGGGUUCUAUAUCGGCUUCAAGUUUGUAAGAGCAAUUGUCUGGGAACAAGCACUGUAGGCUGUUGCCCUCCCUGACACG